AUGCCUGCUGCAAAAACCCCACGUGAUAUUGAGACUCGUCUCUUUAUCAAUGGCGAGUUCGUCGAGUCAUCUGAUAAGAAGACGUUUGAGUUGAAGUCUCCAUCAACUCACCAAGUUGUAGCUGACGUCCACGAAGCAAGUGAAAGUGACACCAACGCCGCCGUCGCAGCAGCCAAAGCCGCAUUCCCAGCUUGGUCCGAACUCUCACCCAAAGACCGAGGCCAGUACUUCAAGAAGCUUGCCUCCCUCAUUCUCGAGUCGCAUCAUGAGUUAGCAUAUCUCGAAGCCAUUUCUAUGGGAAGACCUGUGAAGGGAUACUUUGAUGCUUUUGCCGCUGCUGACACGUUCAACUACUAUGCCGAAGCUGGAGCGGUGGUUCUUGGAACUAGUAGUCUUAAUAUGCCUGGACACUUGAACUUUACUCUACGGCAGCCUUACGGAGUCGCUGCGGCGAUUAUUCCAUGGAAUGUGCCGAUUCUGUUCCUGGCUCUCAAGGCAGCUCCUGCGCUGAUGGCAGGCAACACUGUGGUUUUGAAGAGCAGUGAAAAAGCACCACUGACUUCUGCGAAAGUCGCACAAUUGGUCCAAAAGGCUGGCUUCCCACCAGGUGUCUUCAACAUCAUCUCAGGCCACGGCAAAACAUCAGGAGCCAUUCUUUCCAGCCAUAUGGAUGUUCGAGUCCUCAGCUUCACAGGAUCAGGUCCAACAGGUCGACUCAUUCAAGCUGCCGCUGCAAAAUCUAAUCUCAAGAACGUCAUCCUAGAGCUUGGCGGAAAGUCUCCGGCCAUCAUCUUCGACGACGCUGAUCUCGAAAAAGCAGCUGCUGAGACAGCACACUCUAUCCAGUGGAACAGUGGGCAGGUUUGCAUGGCAAACUCCAGGAUCUACGUCCACGAAAGCAUUGCAGAGCCUUUUAUCGAGUCGUUCAAGAAGAAGUUUCAGGUCAUCGCAGCUGGUGACCCAACUGAUGAGAAGGUCAACCAUGGACCUCAAGCUGAUGAGAUCCAAUACAACAAUGUGCGAUCAUAUAUCGAAAUGGGCAAGACGUCCGGUAAACGCAUCCUCGGUAUGGACCAUGAGGCCACUCCAGAUGGCUAUCUCAUCCACCCAACAAUCUUCGUCGAGACCCAAGAAGACGCUCGAAUCAUGAAGGAAGAAAUCUUUGGUCCGGUCGUCAAUAUCAACACUUUCAAGACCGAGGCUGAAGCAAUAAGCAAAGCCAAUGAUACAGAGUUUGGCUUGUAUGCUGCGGUGUAUAGCAAGAAUAUUGACAGGGCAAUGCGUGUUGCAAAGAGGUUGGAGGCUGGCACCGUUGGCGUUAACUGCACUAGUCCCACGCAGGCAAAGGAUAUGCCAUUUGGUGGAUAUAAGACGAGUGGUGUUGGCAGGGAGGGAACGACGGUCAGUCUGAAUAACUUCUUGGAGACCAAGACAGUACUGGUCAAGUUGGAGGAGUUUUAG